CCUGCGCAAACUUACAGUUGGUAAGAAACCAUGAAGCUUUUCAACUUGUGGUUCUGUCUGCUGGGAAUCCUAGUAUAUGAAGGAUUCUGUAUGAAGGUGAAAUAUGAUGGUGAUCAGGUUUUAAAAAUGAUCCCUCAGACACUGAAACAUGCCCAGUUUAUGCAAGGCUUAAUUCAGGAAUGGAUGCUUGAUUUAUGGAAACCAGUUAUGGUGGAACAAAUCCAAGCAGGAAGAGAGAUGCAUGUCCGGGUACCAUUUUCCCAUCUGCAAGAAAUAAAAGAGAAGCUUUUGCAAAACAUGCUACCAUAUCAAAUCCUAAUCAGUGAUGUGCAGGAACUGGUCAACAGGAAUACACCAAUUGAGACAAAAAUGCAAAAAAUAUCAUUGGACAAUUACGAUUAUACUAAAUAUCAUCCAAUGGAUGAGAUAUAUGAUUGGAUGGAACAAAUUCAGCUGAAACACAGGGACCUGGUAACAAAACAUUUUAUGGGAUCUACAUAUGAACUGCGGCCAAUCUAUUACUUUAAAAUUGGAUGGCCGUCAGACAAACCAAAGAAAAUAAUCUUCAUGGACUGUGGAAUCCAUGCUAGAGAGUGGAUUGCAGUUGCUUACUGUCAAUGGUUUGUGAAAGAGAUCCUUUCAAGCCACAGUAACAACAAAUUACUAACCAAUGUUCUCAAACAAGUAGACUUCUAUGUAGUACCAGUGUUUAAUAUUGAUGGAUAUAUUUACUCCUGGACAACAGAGCGCCUGUGGAGAAAAAAUCGCUCACCACAUAAUAAUGCCACAUGCUAUGGAGUGGACCUGAAUCGUAACUUUAACUCAUCAUGGUGCAGUGUUGGUGCUUCCAGAGAUUGCAAUUCCCAAACUUUCUGUGGCUCAGCCCCUGCUUCAGAACCUGAGACUCAGGCAGUUGCCAAUCUUAUGGAAAGAACAAAAUCUCAAAUUCUUUUCUAUCUUACCAUUCACUCCUAUGGACAAUAUAUUCUCCUUCCUUAUGGUUCCACAACAAAUCCUUCAGUAAACCAUGUGGAAAUGACAAAAGUUGCAGAAGCCGCUGCUGCUAAAAUGAAGGAAAAACAUAACAUCGUGUACACAGUGGGCUCAUCAUCUGUCGUAUUGUAUGAAAACUCAGGAUCCUCAUGUGACUGGGCUGGUGAUAUUGGAAUAAAAUUCUCUUACACCUUUGAACUGAGAGACAAUGGCACAUAUGGUUUUCAGCUUCCAGCUGAACUGAUAAAGCCUACUUGUGAAGAGACAAUGACUGCAGUAAUAUCUAUGAUGGAGUAUGCCAACGAAAAAUACCUUGAGAAUAGUGCAAAAACUGUGACUUUUAUGUGGCUAAAUGUGCUUCUUUCUUGUGCUGUUUGCAUGUAUUAUGCAUUACUGCAUUAACCACACCAAUUCUGAAAAAUUUGUUUUAACAAGAUUGUCUUCUUUUUAAAGAAAAUUAAGUGUCCUUGUAAUCUGAAAUAAUUCACACAUUUAGAAGGGUUUUUGGGGGUCUAAUAAAUGCCUGUUUGUUACAAA